UUCGGGCCGCGGGGCCUUCUGGGAGGUGCUGUGUAGCCGAACGUCCGUUGGGAGGCGGGCGUGGGGGUAUAGUUCGGCGUUACCGGCACCUGGCCCGGGCCUUCCUGCGGGUCGCCUUCGCCUGGCCUCUCAGAAACUGCGCACUAGAUGCGCAUUCGGGCGUUUCCGGCAGCUUGGCAUUAUCUGGACUGUGCCCUUUUUGAGGAAGAAGAGGAUAUGACUAGUUCUCUGGAAGAGGAUAUGACCAGUUCUCUUGAAACAGUAACAUUUAAGGAUGUGGCUGUGGACCUCACCCAGGAGGAAUGGCAACAAAUGAAACCUGCUCAGAGGGACUUGUACCGUGAUGUGAUGCUGGAGAACUAUAGCAACCUAGUCACAGUGGGCUAUCAAGUCACCAAACCAGAUGUGAUCUUCAAGUUGGAGCAGGAGGAGGAGCCAUGGGUGGUAGAAGAGGAAAUAUUUGGAAGACACUAUCCAGAAGUUUGGGAAGUUGAUGAACAGAUCAAGAAGCAACAGGAAACACUUGUGAGGAAAGUCACAUGCAUCUCCAAGAAAACUCUAAUAAAGGAAAAUGUCAUUGAAUGUAAAAAAGUUGCCAAGAUAUUUCCUCUGAGCUCAGACAUUGUUACUUCAAGACAAAACUUCUAUGAAUGUGACUCUCUUGAUAAGGGUUUUGAACAUAAUGUAGAUUUACUUAGUUAUGAGAAAGGCUGUAUAAGAGAGAAAAGCUAUGAGUGUAAUAAGUAUGAGAAACCAUUUUACCAUUGCUCAUCCCAUCUUGUAACCCCCUUUAAGUGUAAUCAUUGUGGACAAGACUUUAGUCAUAAAUUUGACCUCAUCAGACAUGAGAGAAUUCACGCUGGAGAGAAACCCUAUGAAUGUAAGGAAUGUGGAAAAGCUUUCAGCAGGAAGGAAAAUCUUAUUACACAUCAAAAAAUUCAUACUGGAGAAAAACCAUUCAAAUGUAAUGAAUGUGGAAAAGCUUUCAUUCAGAUGUCAAACCUCAUUAGACACCAGAGAAUUCAUACCGGAGAGAAACCUUAUGCAUGUAAGGAUUGUUGGAAGGCCUUCAGUCAGAAAUCAAAUCUCAUUGAACAUGAGAGAAUUCAUACUGGAGAGAAACCCUAUGAAUGUAAGGAAUGUGGAAAAUCCUUCAGCCAGAAGCAAAAUCUUAUUGAGCAUGAGAAAAUUCAUACUGGGGAGAAACCUUAUGCAUGUAAUGAAUGUGGUAGAGCUUUUUCUCGAAUGUCAUCUGUUACCCUACAUAUGAGAAGUCACACAGGGGAGAAACCUUAUAAGUGUAAUAAAUGUGGAAAAGCCUUCUCUCAGUGCUCAGUAUUUAUUAUACAUAUGAGAAGUCAUACAGGUGAGAAACCCUAUGUAUGUAGCGAAUGUGGGAAAGCUUUCUCUCAAAGUUCAUCCCUUACUGUACAUAUGAGAAAUCAUACAGCUGAGAAACCCUAUGAAUGUAAUGAAUGUGGAAAAGCCUUCAGCCGGAAGGAAAAUCUCAUCACACAUCAGAAAAUUCAUACUGGAGAGAAACCUUAUGAAUGUAAUGAAUGUGGGAAAGCUUUUAUUCAGAUGUCAAACCUCAUUCGACACCAGAGAAUUCAUACUGGUGAAAAACCCUAUGCAUGUACAGUAUGUGGGAAAGCCUUUAGUCAGAAAUCAAAUCUCACUGAACAUGAGAAAAUUCACACGGGAGAGAAACCCUAUCAUUGUAAUCAGUGUGGAAAAGCUUUCAGUCAGAGGCAGAACCUCCUUGAGCAUGAAAAAAUUCAUACUGGAGAGAAACCAUUUAAAUGUAAUGAAUGUGGUAAAGCCUUCUCUCGAAUCUCUUCCCUUACUCUUCAUGUCAGAAGUCAUACAGGGGAGAAACCCUAUGAAUGUAAUAAAUGUGGAAAAGCCUUCUCUCAGUGCUCGUUACUUAUUAUACAUAUGAGAAGUCACACUGGAGAGAAACCCUUUGAAUGUAAUGAAUGUGGGAAAGCAUUCUCUCAAAGAGCAUCCCUUUCUAUCCAUAAGAGAGGUCAUACAGGUGAGAAACGCCGAAAACCUCAUAAAUGUAAGGAGUGUGGGAAAGGCUUUCAUUCUAGCUCACAACUUAGAAAACAUCAAAGGAUUCACGUAGGUGAGAAACCGUAUAAAUGCACGGAGUGUGGGAAGGCCUUUCCAUCUACCUCACAACUUAAUUUACACCAGAGAAUCCAUACUGAUGAGAAAUACUAUGAAUGUAAGGAAUGCGGGAAAGCCUUUACCCGUCCCUCGCACCUUUUUCGACAUCAGAGAAUCCAUACUGGUGAGAAACCCCAUAAAUGCAAGGAAUGUGGGAAAGCUUUCCGUUACGACACACAACUUAGUCUUCAUCAGAUAAUUCACACUGGUGAGAGACGCUACGAGUGUAAGGAAUGUGGCAAGGUUUACAGCUGCGCCUCACAACUGAAUCUCCAUCAAAGAAUUCACACCGGUGAGAAACCUCAUAAAUGUAAGGAAUGUGGGAAAGCUUUCGUCUCCGAUUCACACCUUGUUCGCCAUCAGAGUGUCCAUACCGGGGAGAAGCCAUAUAAGUGUAAGGAAUGUGGGAAGGCCUUUCGCCGGGGCUCAGAACUUUCUCGACACCAGAGAGCUCACUCUGGGGAGAAACCCUAUAAAUGCAGGGAAUGUAAAAUGGCCUUUACUUGUAGCACAGAACUGAUUCGACAUCAAAAAGUUCACACGGGUGAGAGACCUCAUAAAUGUAAGGAAUGUGGGAAGGCUUUUAUUCGAAGGUCAGAGCUCACUCAUCAUGCGAGAAGUCAUACGGGCGAAAAGCCCUAUGAGUGUAAGGAGUGCGGGAAGGCCUUUGGUCGGGGCUCGGAACUGAAUCGACACCAGAAAACUCACUCGGGUAAGAAACCCUAUGAAUGUAAGGACUGUGGGAAGGCCUUCAUUCGUGGCUCACACCUCAGUCAACAUCAGAGAAUUCAUACCGGACAGAGGAGUGAAUGAAGAAAUGUACCCAGAAUGAAGGCCCAGAAUUUGGCACCUGAAAAUUCAUAUUAGUAAAUCAUAAAACCCCAUCUGAUUAUAAGGAAUGAUUAUAAGGAAGCAUUUAGAGAGAACUGUUUACUCAGUAUCAGAGUUCUUAUGUGGAUGUGAGGCCUUCUUUAUUUAGGGGCCAGAGUUUGACAUUUAUUACUGAUGAGAAACCACCUAAAUGUUAAGAAUUAGGAGGGGUUUGCAUUUCACAGUUUAUCAGACGUCAGAGUUCAACUGGUGAAAAAGUAGAAAACACUCCACGAAUAUAAGGGAAGUGGGAGGACUUAUUAUUAGGAAGAUAGUGAAUGUGUUAGAGACAUGAAUCGUUCAAACUUAACAUCAAGUCAUUAGCCCUCAGGGGAAAUCAGAGGAUUCAUAAGACAAAUACAUAUGUGGGACACCAAUUUGCUUCAGUUAACAAGUUAUUCAUCUGAUAAUUCGUACUAAAGGAAGGCUACAUUAAUGUUAAAAACGCAGAUUGUUCCAUUCCACUCAAUUCUUGUCAAGCAUUUGCAAGCUCAUUCUCUAAAAUUAACCUGAACUGAAUCAGAGUUGGAGAAGAUUUAACCAAUAUUUAGUGUUUUCUUGCCUUCAUCAUUAUAACUCAUUUUUAUAGGGCCACUUACUUAAUUUUCUCACUUAUAAGCUUAAUUUUCUCACUUAUAAGCUAGUAGUAUUAGCACCAUGUUUCUUAGUAGCAUUGUGUACAUAGUAUCCCUUAGAAUAGUGUCUGGCUCAUACUGAACGUUUAAAUAAGAGCUGCUUUAUUGUUACUUUUUUUCAUAAUUGUGUAUGUCAAGAUGAGAGGAAGGCCGCAUGUGUGCAGUGACUAUAUCAACACCUUACCUCAUCUCUUUGAGGGAUGUCAGCUCUUUCUGGAGAAAAAUUAAAAACUGAAGCUUUCAUUCACAUGUUGCCCCUUUCCCUGUCAGGGGGUUCAUCAUGUAAAGAACCCCAGCAGAAUGGAAGUGGGUUGCUGUGAGGUCAGGGGGAAGAUUUAGAUGAUUUUUUUUUUUUUUAAACCUUCCAAAAAACAGACAUGCCACAAUCUCUUACCUCUUUUCUGGAGAAUUAGGAAAUAAAGCCUUAGCCAAAAUCCAUUUCUCCACAGAGAAAUUUAAAAGAUGCCUAUCGUUUUAUAUUAAAAAGGAAAUCCAAGCAAAUUAUCAUUACUAAUGAAUGACAGAAACAACUUCAGUUGAAAUCUGUAGCAAGCAACCAGAGCAUGACUCUAGGAGAAUUUAACUUCAGUAUAUGUAGAAACGGACAAUUAAAAGCCAGGAUGCAUCCUCACUUCACUGUACUUGGUACACUACUUGGAACAGUUCCUCGUAGGUUCCCAGAGAAGAUUUGUUGAUCAGAGGAAUGAGAGAGUGACUGAACACGCAUUCAACUCUAGUAUGUUGAAGUACUCUAACAAAGUGGAGAGCCCCCCCCCGCAAAAAAAAAACACCUUGAAAACUUUUGAAAUGAAAAAGAUUGCAACCUGCAAAGAAAAAACUCAAGCUUCGUAAGUGAGAAAGGAUACGUAACUACAAAAAUGAAGAUCAAGAAAUAAGGUGGUGUCAAUAUGGUGGACACUUGGUUGCCUGGCCAUUGGUGUUCACCAUUCGCCCUUUGCCAGGCUUGCCUGCUACCCACCUAAGUCUACGUGCAGGAUGCUUGCCCUCCUAACGGCUUUGCAUAUGUGAAACAGCCCUGGCCACAGAAGAUCUAAGCAAAGCUCUGCACGUGAGCUUCAGUUAAAUUUUCUUUACUAACAAUGUAAAAGGAAAUCUUCCUACACACAGGAUGCACGCCUGUACGUCUGUGGGAUAACGUGGGUUGUGGCCAUUUUGAAGCCAGAGGAGGCAGAAGCUGAGGUUGGCACAAGCAAUAGAUGGGAAUUACCUGUGUCCUUGACAUUGUUGAGCUGAUGAAACAACUCAGAAUUGCCCUGUGCCUGGACUUGUGCUAAAUAAGAAAUUUUAUGCUUACCUAAGUUUAUAUUCACUUUAUAGAAUAUAUCUGAGUCCUGGAAAAUAAUAUUUUCAUAUUUCACAUUUUCAUAUUUCACAUUUAUUCAACUUUAGUAGGAUGAGAAAAUGUUCAUAUUCAGCUUUUUAUAGUAUAUAUGAAAUUAUGGAAAAAGCAUUUUCUUAAGUAUUUUCUUAAACAUAUAUGUGGAUAUAUAUGCACAACUUCGAUUUGGUAAGAUGUGGGAAAUGCUUGUUUACAUUCAGCAUUUUAUAAUGUAUGUUUAUAUUCAGUUUUUUAUAGUAUGUCUGAAAUCCAGGAAAAAUAUUUUUCUGAGCAUAGUUAAGAACCAAGAAGAAAGUGAUUAAAGAGCUACACUAUAUAAUUCCUCUUAUACUAGAGUAUCUUACAGAUAAAAUCUUCUAAGUCUUUAAGAUACAGAGUAUCAGCCAUGAGGCCAGCAGAACCCUUAUACCACAUUUGGAAAAGGACAGCUUCCAGGUCAAAUCAGCUAUAAAAAUAAUCCAUUGUACUCAUAAUGAAUAUUCCAAUUAAAAUAGCAAGUCAAAUCUAGCAGCCCUUUAGAAGAAAAUAGGGUUUUUUAAAUCCAGAAUAAAAUGGUUCAUUAUCUGACCUGUCAGAUUAUAAGAAAUGUGUAAGUGUAGCAUUGCACAUUGAAAACUAGACACUAAAAUAACUUACUGAAAGUAGUAAACUGUUACAGCGCAUGUGUGUUCAGGGGCUGUGAUGUCACUGUUCUGGUCCAUUUAAUCACACCUCAUGGUCUAGACAUUCAUAGCAUUUGGAAUAGUCACCAUCCAGUGGGUUCCAGCUUUGCCCCAUGCUUUAGAAUACAUACUUUAAGUAAGUUUAAUGUAAACAUGUAUUAUGUGAUUAAAUUGGCCAUAGCUAACUAUCAGUCAAUCCAUUGGAAGGAAGUUUAUAACAAAAAUUUGAGCAUUUUUUAAAAGAGGGAAGUGAUUACCAAAUUUUUUCUACACUGGUAUAUUUAUUCUUAAGUCUGUUCUUGAAAGUUGUACAUAGUAUUCUACGGGAACAUGUGCCCUUUAGAAGACUUGAAAAACUUUAAAAGCCAGGUAAAACUAGGUGUACUUGGUUUUGUUACAAUCUUUAACAUUUGUUGAAUUGUAAAUGUCAUAUAACAUGUUUUACCAGAAAUAAGAGGUGUACUGCAAAGGUUUAAACAGGAAGGAAAAAAGAAAAGAAAAGCAGUCCAUACUUAUUCCCUGAAGUGCCAGUGUCAAAACCCUCCCAUGCUUUUUCCAUAUUCUCAUCCCCACACCAGGGAUGUUUGUUGGUGAUCGGGUCCUGGUGGGGAGGGUGUAGCUCGAAUGGGGUUGUGCUGACAGGCUGAAGCACAGCCGCCUUUUCUCACUUGGUAACACUCCACGGCCUGCCUUCCCACUGGAACCUACAGACGUAACCAUUUAGCUUUCAUCACUGACCUAAGAGAGACAAACCAUUAUACAUGCAGUCCAUUCUACCAAUGAGAGUUAUUUUUACAAAUUGUACAAAACAAUUUUACUGUACAUGUUGGUGUUUCUGUAAAGUGGAUGGAUUCCUAACGGUUGGAUUCCCUGCCUUACAACAUAGCACAUUUAAAAUGUAAUAAUUAAUGUCCUAUUUUCUGAAACUCGCCAUUAACCUCUACAGGAUUUUAUGUCCAUUUGUAGCAGCUUCAACCAGGACUGAACUUUUGUUAAGUUGAGGGGUGGGGGGAAAUGUGCCUUCAAUUUGCAUUUUCCUAGCUGCCAGUGAGGGUGAGCAUCUUAUCUACCAUGCCUGAGAGUCAUUUAAAUUGUAUUUCUAUGACUUGCUUGUUUUUAUCCAUUCAUUUUAUAAUUGGAGUAGUUUUUGAAGCAAUUUGUAGAAACUUUAGGAAAUUGUUUUGUCAGGUCGUGGUUUGUUUUCUUAGUCUAGCAUGUAUUUCCUUUAUAUGACAAAAGGAGUCAAACUUUAUUGUGAAAGACCAGAUAAUAAGUACUUUAGGGUUUGUGGUCAUACUCUGCCUUCCUAAUGUGAAAACACGUAGUACAUAAACCAGGGGUCAUUUUGCCAUCCCUGCCCCCGGCCCCAGCAGACUGUCCAGAGACAUUUCCGGUUGUCACUAUAAAGGGAGGUGCUGCUGGCGUCGGGGAUGCUGCUAAACACCCUCCCCACACCCCGCUCCCUGCCCCACCUCCAGCAGAAUUAUCUGGUCCAGGAUGUCAGCAGUCCUGAGGUUGAGAAAUCCUGAUCUGUAAGCAAGUGGGCGUGGCUGUGUUCCAAUAAAACUGAUUCACAAAAACGA